AUGAGGAGAGAGAGUAGAGAGGAAGAGGAGAAAGAGGUUCAAGGGGAGAAGAUGAGUAGGAAGGAAUCAGGAGAGGAGAUGAAUCAAAUAAAUGCUAAAAGGAGGACUGAGAGUAGGGAGGAAGAAGAAAAAAAGAUUCGGAUGGAGAAGAUGAGUAGGAAGGAGUCAAAAGAGGAGGAGAGGAUUAAAAAAAAUUCUAAAAAGAGGACCAAGAGUAGGGAGGAAGAAGAGAAAGAGAUUCGGAUGGAGAAGAUGAGUAGGAAGGAGUCAAAAGAGGAGGCGAGGAUUCAAAUAAAUGCUAAAAAGAGGAGAAAGAGUAGAGAGGAUGAAGAGACUUGGAUAAACAAGGAAAGUAGGAAGGAGACAGGAGAGGAGAAAAGAUCAAAUUCAAAUGAAAAAGAUAGAGAAGAGAGCAAGAGAAGGAGUCUAAAAUCCCCAAAAGAGAGAAGAAUUACACAAAAGAGAAGCAGAGAGGAUGACAGCGAAGCUGAUGAAAAUGAGAGCAAGAAACAUCAUGCUGAUUCUCCAGAGCUGCCCGACCCACUGGCAAUUUCCAACUACCAAUUCCAUUCUGAGCUGGGGGAAGGAACAUUUGGCAAGGUUUUUCUGGCAACAUUAAGCAACAAGAAGCAAAACGUGGCCAUUAAAGUCAUCAAGAAAACAUCGAAGAUUAGUUGUGUUAAGAUCAAGACUGAAUCCAACGUGCUCAGGAUCGCCAAAGAAAACCCAUACCUGUGCCAAGUUUCUAUUUUUCUGUCCAAUUUUCUUUCCUUGAAAAGGUUCUAUUCAGCAGAGAUAGCGUGUGGCCUAGACUUCCUGCAUGACAGAGGCAUCAUUCACCGAGAUCUAAAACCAGAAAACAUCUUGCUGGACCAAGAAGGCCACGUAAAAAUAUCAGAUUUUGGUCUAGCACUGGAGACAUUCGGCGAUAGAGUCACUGGCUAUGCAGGAACACUGGGCUACAUCGCUCCAGAGAUAAUACAAAAUGAGGAGUAUGAUGUAGCGGUUGACUGGUGGUCAUUCGGUAUCAUCACCUGUAAAAUGGCCACUGGUAAGUCCCCGUUUUAUGAUGGAUCUGAUAGAGAGAAGGUCAUCAUAGACACCAUCUGCAACGAGCCUGAGAUACCUGAUUGCCUAAGCACAGAUCUGCAACAUCUUCUAAUAAAUCUACUGGUGAAGGAUCCCCAGCUGCGUCUGGGAAUAUAUGGAGAUAUACGCUACCACCCAUUUUACUCAUCCAUCAACUGGGAGAAACUGGAACAGAAGAAGAUACCACCACCUGUCCAGCUAACAGAACCUUCAAGUGAUGUCAAGACGUGCUAUGGAAAGUCACUGUCACCGUUGGACUUCCUGGAUUACAAGAACACAACACAGGAGAGUCACAAUAUUUCAGGCUUUUCUUAUACGAGUUCCACCUGGUACAAAGAGUGA